GUGCCACAGAAUACAGAAAAAUUAAGAUGGGUUGACCUCAGUCAGUCACAAGGCUUGCUGAAUCUAUCAGGUUUGUCCAGGGCCAAAAAUCUUGAAAGAUUGGAUCUCGAAGGCUGUAAGAGUUUGGUUAUGUUGGGCUCAUCAAUCGAACAGAUGAACAAACUAAUUUACCUGAACCUCAGAGAGUGCACUAGCCUUGAGAGUCUUCCGGAGGGAAUCAAUUUGAAGUCUCUAAAGACUCUGAUCCUCAGUGGCUGCUCAAACCUUCAGGAGUUUCAAAUCAUAUCAGAAAAUAUUGAGUCCCUUUACUUAGACGGCUCAACCAUACAACGAGUUGCUGAACGCAUUGAGAGUCUUCGCAACCUUAUUUUGCUGAAUCUCAAGAAUUGUUGCAGGUUGAAGUGUCUUCCCAACGAUCUUUACAAGCUGAAAUCUCUUCAGGAACUGAUUCUCUUUGGCUGCUCAGCUCUGGAGAGUCUUCCACCCAUCAAAGAGGAGAUGGGAUGCUUAGAGAUUUUGCUUAUGGAUGGAACUUCCAUCAAACAGACACCUGAAACGAUUUUUUUGAGUAACCUGAAGGUGUUUUCGUUCUGUGGAUCUAGCAUCGAAGAUUCCACAGAGUUGGCGUUGUUGCCUUUCUCAGGCAACUCUUGUCUUUCGGACCUCUAUCUGACGAAUUGCAAUAUCUACAAAUUGCCGGACAACUUUAGUUCCUUACACUCGUUGAGGUCUCUAUGCUUAAGCAGAAACAACAUUGAGACUCUACCUGAGAGCAUCGAGAAACUUCAUUGUCUGUUGUUUCUUGACUUAAAACAUUGCCGCAGGCUCAAUUCUCUCCCGGUGCUUCCACCUAAUAUACAGUGUGUAGAUGCUCAUGGGUGUGUUUCUCUGGAAAAAGUUGCAAAACCAGUGACAGUUCCCCUAGUAACUGAGAGGAUGCAUACUACUUUCAUUUUUACGGAUUGCUUCAAACUGAACAGAGCUGAACAAGAAGCUAUUGUAGCUCAGGCCCAACUCAAGAGUCAGCUACUGGCAAGGACAUCUCUUCAACAUAAUCAUAAGGGACUAGUUCUGGAUCCUCUGGUUGCCGUUUGCUUCCCAGGAAGUGACAUACCCUCAUGGUUCUGCCAUCAGAGUAUGGGAUCUUCGAUUGAAACCAACCUCCUUCCUCACUGGUGCAACAAUAAAUUUAUUGGAGCUUCCCUAGGUGUUGUUGUCACCUUCAAGGAUCACGAAGGUCGUCAUGCAAACCGUUUAUCUGUAAGGUGCACGUGCAGAUUUAAAAAUCGAAACGGUCAGUCAAUCAGAUUUAGUUUCUGUCUUGGGGUAUGGAACGAGUCAUGUGGAUCAUCUUGCCAUGAACCACGGAAACUUGGAUCUGACCAUGUGUUUAUUAGCUUUAACAACUGUAAUGUGCCAGUCUUCCAAUGGAAUGAAGAGAGUAACGACGGUAAUAGAUGUCGUCCCACUAGUGCCUCAUUUGAAUUCUACCUUACUGAUGGCACUGAAAGGAAGCUAGAAAGGUGCAAGGUGACAAGGUGUGGGAUGAGUUUGCUAUAUGCUCCAGAUGAGAAUGACCGUGGGUUCCAGGGAACUCGGGUUACAGAUACUGUUGAGCGUACAUCGAGUGAAGCUUUUGUACCCAUAAGAGGUCGGUCACACUCGCAAGUUGGAGAAAGAAGGAAUGGUAGAAUGAGAGAUGAAAUGCCCUUAUGAGUGUUUACUCCAAGACUGGAGGUUCUUGGUCUUGAGACCAACGAAAGGAACUUGAAGACGUUGCAUUACUUUUCAGACCCUUUGGAUUUUCAAAGAAGAGCUCUAUCUACUUAUCUGGCUAAAGUUUGACGUCAAGCUUUUCCAUGGAUCCGAUUGUUAUUUAGGAUGAUUGAUGAGGUCGUCACUUUACUGAACUUUGUUCUGCUUCCAAAAUACAAAACAGAGUAUGGUUCUCUAUCUCUGUUUCUCCCUUUACAUGGCAUGCAUGUUCAGUUGCUUGAGCUUGGUGGAACCACAGCCAUUGGUCUACAAAGUUCCAUGUUUUGAUAAGGUGUUUGCAUAAAAAUGUAUGUGCUCACUGCUCAGUGUUGAAGGAAGUAUGAAGAAAGUCGCGAGAUAAGUCCAAAUUGUUGAGCCAUUAUUUGUUUGUUCUGUGGUUGAUUAAGUAUGUUUGAUGAUUGUUGGUAUAUGUAAUUUGUGGUAUAGAGAUGAUUGUUGUUUGAAGCAUAAGGAAUGAGUGCUUGUUAGCUACUAAGUUAUCUGUAUUCAUUCUAUGACAUUAGACUCAUGGAUUUGGCUUGCCACGAAAGUGUGGAUGUUUAGUUGCAUGCUGAAAUCUCCAGCUCUUUCUUUGCAAACUCUGUUUCUUCUCCCAAGUUCCAUACUAAAUCUUUUUUAGUUCGAUUCUUGAAUCUUGAUUGGUUCAGUAUUGACGUAGAUAUGCUUGACUGCGUUGUUUUGGUAGUAGAAAAGAGUGGUCGUACUUAGAAAGCUUUACAGAUUGCUAUGUUAUGGUUUGACUUUUAGGUUGUCUACUAGACCAAAGUGUUUACGAAUUUGUCGAUCAGACGAGGUAUCUUUGAAGAGCUUAAAGCUACUAGAAGAUUCACGGCUAAAUGAGCCAGUCAC